AUGAUCGUAGGGGUUUUAUUGGGGGCUGGGCCUCCGGUGAAAAAGCGCACAGAAAAGCUGUUAUUGGCGCUGAUGAAGGAUGUGCUGAGUUCACUUCCGAUGGAAUGUGAGAAUCCUACCGAGCUGGCGGUCCAGAUCGCAAUCCAACUGGAAAACUCCCCUAUAACCAACGCAGGACGGGGCAGCUCUCUGAACCGCGACGGGGAAGUUGAGUGCGAUGCGUGUAUUGUGCGGCUUAAAAACGGCCGCAAAGUGUCCGCUAGCGUCGGAUCUGUGAAAGGUAUACGCAAUCCAAUCAGGGUCCCCCACAAGAUGCUGGAACACCUUGAGCUGCCGAAGACGGAUUUGGGCCGACCUCUAUUUAUUGCUGGCCAAGGCGCAGCGGAGUAUGCGAUCUCGCAAGGUUUAGAACAAGCAAAACUUGCGACUGCGUCCCAGCAGCGCUCCCAUGAGUAUUGGCAGAAACUCAGCGAGCAGGUAGCCCCUUACCAGGACACAAUUGGGGUUAUAGUUGCUACGGAUACGGAAAUCGCGGUUUGCUCGAGCUCGGGAGGAUCAAUUCUGAAAAUUCCGGGGCGAAUUGGCUCGGCCGCAGUUCCCGGCGCUGCUUGUGAUGUCGACAAAGGCAUUGCCGCUGUGUGCUCCGGGUUUGGCGAAGACAUGAUGGCAUGCCGUUUAGCGAGCCUGGCCUGCAGCGCGGGCUUGGAUCAGCUUCCCAGCAAGCUGGACCUCUAUGAUCUCCAGCGCCAACCGUACCACGGCAUUCUGCGGGCCGAGCAGGUUUCAGGAGGGUGGCAGCUUGAGGCUGCUCACAGCACCGAGUCGUUCGCGUUCGGCUGGACGAAACUCGGCGGGAAGCCGUUUGUCAAAGUUUCCCACCAAGCAGCUCUUAUUGGCACGUUUCUUAGCGACUAA